CACUUUACAUACAAAAUGUACUAUAAAUUUAGAUUUUUUAUAUUCCAUUUUUUAAUACUCUUAAUAUUAAAUAGAACAUUAGAACUUAGUAGUGAAAUUAUUGAAUAUAUUUUACCCGAUGACUGUAAAGUUAAUGAAUAUUUUGAUGGCAGUUCACUUUCCUGUAUUCAAUGUGAGGUUGAAAAAAAUCUGGAGCCUUCAGAAAACCGUUUGACAUGUGAAUGUAACAAAAAAAGCAGACUGAUCGGGUUUAAAAAUGGUUUUCCCAUAUGUGAAUUGUGUAAGCCUGGAACAAUUCCAACAAGCGAUGGAAAAAAUUGUAUUCCUUGUAAAAAGAACAACGAAACCUUGGCCUGUUCCUGUUCUGCAAAUCAAAUAAGAGUUGAAAGAAAUUUGACUGGAGAAUUACUGGAGACUGUCGAAUGUCUUCCAUGUUCCAUAAACGCUUAUCCAUCUACCGAUGGGAAAUGCCUACCUUGCAAUGAUAUUAAAUACAGCAAAUUAACAAAGUGCAACUGUCCUCCAGAAUCUCAUAUGAAAAUAAAUCAGUACUGUUUUCCGAAAAACUAUUCGUACUGGCCUGAACUGUACAAUUCCUACUUUGUCAAUUUCCAAAAUGAGAGUAUUGAAAGUUAUUAUUUGAGAAUGAACCUACAAUUGGCUACAUAUUUGUGUAAGGACGAGAAUAAAACAGAGUGCGAAAAUUUGACAAAUAUGUGUGCAUUGACUUUAUAUGCAAACGAAGCAGCCUGCAAUGUAUUAAGACUGAAACCAGAUUCUCUAUUUUACAAGCAGGAAGAAGCUUUUUCCGUUGUGAAUAGUCGAAACAUUUCUCAACAGUACAAUCUCUACAAAAACAGUAAUAAAAGUAAACUCCACAUUAAAGUUGUUAAAUAUUCCCUGGAAGGUACAUUCGAAUCUAUCGAUGUACCAUAUAUUUUUAAAAUGUUAUUAAACAUCAGAUUUGGAGUAAAUACUCACAAACAACAGAAAUUAAUGGCCAAAGAAUUAAAAAAUAUGAAAAUGGAAUUUUUAGAACCGUAUUUAGUUUACAAUGAUGAAAGUAAACAGUUUUUGCAUCCUCUUCCGAUUUUAGUGAAACAAAUAAAUAAGAACAUAGAAAAUGUCUCCGAAUGGCAACUAGUGAAAAGGUUUUUUCUGGUUGACUCAGUGACUGGAUUACAAACAAUCAAGAAUUCUCUAAAUGGAAGUUUUCAACCGGAUUUCGAACUUUCAGGACUUCGUUAUCUAAAAUCUCUCGAAAUUAUAAUAAAUGUUCAAUCUAAAGAGGAUCGUGGAAAAAUAUUGCCUCCUUUAUUAAUAAUCCAUUAUGAAGAAAUUACACAAAAACAGAUUUUAAAUGACGAAGAAGUUCUGAUAGAUGUGAAAGUUUCAUUCGUUGUACCAGAACAAGAUGUGAAGAAAGUUGUUCAGAUAACUGUGGCAAUUCUUUCCACUUUUGCCGUAAUGUUAUCAAUACUGAAAACGUGGAGUUAUUACAAACGAAACUUUGCCAAGAAAUUUGACGUGUCAUUGUUAUUAUGUUUUCUGUUAAACUGUAUGAGCUUCAUUGGAAAUGUUCUUCUUUUAGUAUCGAUGAGUACUUGUAUCUGUGCCUUUAUUUUUUACAAAGGACAAACAGUUUUACAUAUUCCAUUGCCUAACAAAGCAGACGAAAUGACGAUUCACAUUUGCACAAUAAUGGCAUUCUGUUUCAAAACCGUGGAGUUAAUUGCCAAUCUCCGUCGACAAUGGAAUGUAAAUUUAAUUUUCAUUGACUGGGAACAACCAAAAUCAAUUUACACGCCUAUGGAAUACUGUUCACCACGUACUUCUCUUAGAAAAUUGUUCAAAAAUAAAUUGAAAGUGAUUGACGAAAAUGGUUCUGAGAGAAAAAAAACGAAAACACCCUCAAAGUCAAGGAGAAAAAGCGAGGAUGGAAUCUCUUCUUCGAGAAGGCCUGAGGUUCUACCAACUGGUGGAGAAGCUGAGCAAAAAAAUCUUCAAAAAACUCCAGUUAGCAUCUGGAGAAGUUUUUUCAUCGUUAACGAGUUUUAUAAGAUUCAAACUAAAAGAAGAAUUAGUAUAAUGUUUCAGAUUGUCUCCACUCUUUUUGUCCUGGAGGUUUUUGGAUUGAAAAACUGGUCAAUAGCAGUUCCCGAAUUAAGUAUUAAGAACAAUUGCAAUGCAGAAAUGGAAAAUAACUACACUUUACGAUAUGGGACUGGAGCUUUAGUUUAUGUGAGCCUAUACAUGAUACAAUGGUUGGCUUCAAUUUCCUUUUAUGAAACUUAUGUGAGAAACAGAAUUCACCGUUUUGUGGAUUUAUGUUCAACAGCUAACAUAAGUUUAUUUAUUUUCUAUUUCAAAUACUACGGCUUUUACAUCCAUGGAAGAUCAGUUCAUGGAUUUGCUGACACCGAUUUUGAAACUCUGAUGAACGAUCUGAAGAGAGAAGAAAAGAAUUUAUGUGCCCACAAAGGUCUAAUUCCUGGGACAAUCGAACAAACCUUUACGGUUUCUGUUUCGACUAAUUUCCGCGAAAUUUUCGAUGAAACAUGGAAUUUACAGAAUACGGAAGAAAAACGUUUCUUAAGGAAGCAAUACAUUCGUGCUUUAAACUGGGAAAAAACUAUCAUGGUCCAUGUGAAAAUAAAAAAAUUUUUAAUGGACUUUAUAGAUCAUUGUUUCAAAGAUCUAGAUUAUGUGGUUAAAGACAAACUCUUUCUAGAAAAACUAUGUGAUAUGGAACGUCCACCUGCAGGAAAGUCUGUUUUUUAUAGGGAUAAUAGUCAUUCUUUUGACUGCACUGCCUUCUAUGGCAGCGAAUGGAUGCUAGGAACUUUUGAAAUUGCACUAUUUGUUUUCGUACAAGCUCUUUCAGAAAACUACGUUAUUUCUCUACUGAUUAAUUUCAUCGUUUCUCAAUUUCUUAUGAUAAUCAACAAGUGGAACGUCAAAAGAAACUUAACGAAAAAUACUUUAAUAGACAAUAAAUUCCUAAUGUAAACCUAAGUUAGUAAUAAGUAUUUAUAC